CUGAACUGGUGCAGUGCCGGUUCAUCUCCACUAAUGGUGUGCAGAACAAGGGGGACUUAAAGAGAAAAAACUUCUCCAACCAACAAAACAUUAACAUCAUUUGAAAACCAAACAAAAAGCAACAAAAAACAAUCCUGCAUCAUGAGCUUUGACCCGUUCAUCUCCUCCUCCCUCUCCCGGCGAUGGCAAGAUCCCCCCUCCAGCAGAACCACAUACCGGCUCUCUCGGGGGCCCCUGUCAUCCUCUAGGUGGCCGACCACACGUUUGGAGCCGCUGCAGCGCUGGGAGCAGAGUGAACUGAGUCAGGCGAGCAUAGUGAAUGCAGAGCUGCUGGAGCUGCGGGCCCAAGAGCGAGAGCAGCUGGUGGGGCUGAACAAUCGCUUCGCAUCCUACAUCGAGAAGGUGCGACACCUUGAGCAACAAAACCGGGUGCUGCUUCUACAGUUGGAGGGCCUGCGGCGCAGGCAGAGCCAGCCGUCCCGUGUGCAGCAGCUCUACCUACAGGAGGUACGGGGCCUCAGGGAGCAGCUGCACCAAGAGGCCCAGAAUAAAGCACGCAUGGAGGCGCAGAGGGAAAAACUGCGGGAGGCACACGCACAGUUGCACGACCGCUGGGAGGAAGAGGCGCAGCGGCGUAGUCGGGCAGAGGCAGAGGUGCAGCGGUUGCGGGAGGAGGCGGGUCAGGUCGCUCUGUGCAGCUGUGACGCCGAGGCCAGCGUGGUCUCCCUGGCGCAGGAGUUGGCCUUCCUGAAGCAAGUGUUUGCGGAGGAGCAGGAGGGGCUGAGGGUCCAGCUACAGGUUGCCAGCCUCAGCGUGGAGCUGGACACAAGUAGACCGGACCUGUCGGCUGCUCUGAGAGAGAUCCGAGCGCAGUAUGAGAGCCUGGCUGGACGCAACAUGCAGACCGCCGAAGCCUGGUUUCGGGGGAAGGUGGCGAGCGUGGUGGAGCUGACAGAUAAGCAGGAGGAGGCUGUGCGCUUGGUACGUGAGGAGACCGCUGAGUAUCGACGGCUGCUGCAGUCCCGUUCGGCUGAGGUCGAGGCUCUGAGGAAUGUCAUCGAUUCGCUGAAUGCACAACUAGGGGAGCUGGAAGAGACGCAGAACUCCGAGGUCACCAAGUACCAGGAGAAGAUAAGUGACCUAGAGAGGGACAUUGCAGAUGCGAAAGAGGAAAUGUCACGGUAUUUGAGGGAGUAUCAAGAUCUGCUUAACGUGAAGAUGGCUUUGGAUGUUGAGAUUGCAGCUUACAGGAAACUUCUGGAGGGAGAAGAAAUUCGAUUUACAUAUUCCACCCUUCCGGCCCUUGCCUAAACCCCUAAAACAACCCUAAUAACUCACAUUCAUCAUAUUCAUACACUGAAUAUACAGUUGAGCCAGACCCACAUUGAGAUACUAAAAUACUAACCAACAAAUCAGUUUUUUCUCUAAAACCCCUACUAACCUAGACCCAUCAUUUAGGCCCUCUGUGCCAGAUCCACAUCCAUAACCUUUACAUUUCCUUCCAUCCCUAGUUCUUUAGUUAAUUACACCCAAAUUCCAUCUAACCAUGAAACUAAACCCCAGCAUAUCAUCGCUUUAAAGUCAGACGAGCCCUUGUGUCAUACAAGAGGUACACAUAAAGAGGUCCCCCUUCUUCUUUACACUUGAUGAUGGAAAAAUGACCACCUUGGAGACAUUGCUAAGGGCAGCACUCACUCAGCCAGAGCUCAGUGUCAUGUUGGCAGAUUCUUAUGGAGGACCUUAGAUAUACUGUUCAAAUAAUAAAAAUAGUUUUCACUAAAUUGUCAUAUUUUUAUGUUUCAUUCCUAGCACCCAUUGGGAAUCUGAUUAACCAGUGAUUCCCUAUAUGCAAACUUUUAACCAAUUGUUUGUUGAGGUGAAUCAUUGUUCAGUCUUAACUCACUUUGGGUGCUAGAAAUGGACUAAAGCCAAUUCGACCAAGAAUCAGCCAACAGGACACUGUCAACCAUCCCUGGCUCUUUAGAUUAUAUGUAGUUUGUGCAACAGUUAAGUUUUAGCUAUGUUAGAAUGUGUUAAUUUUAGUAAACGUUGUAGUAUUCAUUUCCUUUGUGUCUGUGUUCUGCUUCUCAUAUGUUUGUUUAGUUGAGAAUAUUUGAUUCAUUGCUUUAGCUUUUACUGUGUUUGACAUUGAUUAACGCAUGACUGAAAAUCAAGAGUAGAAGUAAAAGCUCUAGAGUGGAGUUUUUAGACUCAUGGUUAAAAUAAACUAUCAUGCUUUCAUCUGCUUUUGUUGUGUCAUCUAAGUUACAAUGUAAGUCAGUUAUUAGUAAUUCGGAAAUUAACAAGAAACCGAGUCUGUUUCUCAUGACAGUCUCUGAACUGAAUGGUGCUGUAUGUUUGCACCUAAUACAUGCUGAAUAAAGCAACAGUACCUCUUCUGGA